AUGGAUUUGUCGGCACUAAACUCAUUUGCGGUUCUUCUCUGGAGAAAUUUUACUUUAAAGAGGCGGCGUUUUAUUGCUUUAGGUGUGGAAAUUCUGCUGAUAUUACUAUUUGCUGGUAUACUUUUGAUGACACGCUACUUUAUUGCUGCAAAAGACUCUGGACCUCUCCGUUACUCUGCUCUACCUAUCAAUGAUGUACCUAAAUUCCUCAGAAGUCCCACCCUUUUUCAAAGUCCUUGGCUAUUGGCUUAUCUGCCUUCCAGAAGUAUUGUGGUAAAGAAAAUUGUUGAACGUGUGAAAAAGGAUUUAGACAUCAAUUUUACAGUUCAAGGCUUUUCUUCAAAAAGCGAUUUUGAGGAGCACCUUAAGUAUGAAAAUAACUCUAAAAAAAUGCUGGCUGCUAUUGUUUUUGACCAUGAGUUCAAAGAUAGCGAUGAUCCCCUGCCACUUAAGGUAAAAUAUUAUCUACGCUUUAGUUGUUUUCAGAGGAACGAUACUUUUGCAAGUCAGUUUUCUGUUAGAAGCUGGAGUACAGCUUUUCUCUUUCCAUCUCGUACUUCUGUAGGACCCAGAGUCAUAGGUGAUGCUACUGGGGGAGCGCCUGGGUACAUCCGUGAAGGGUUCCUCCUUUUGCAACAUGCCGUGGAUAAGGCCAUCAUGUUGUAUCAUAACACCCUUGUUGCAGAAGAGCUGUUCAAUUCUGUCAGCAUUUUUGUUCAGAGAUUUCCAUACCCAGUAUAUCGUCGUGAUUUUUUCUUUACUUUUUCUGGUUUCUUCAUGCCUUUAAUAAUCUUGGUUAUGUUUUCCAUGAAUCAUUUUACCCUCAUUCAAUCCAUUGUGUGGGAAAAGGAAAACAGAUUGAAGGAAUAUCAGCUCAUGAUAGGACUCAGUAAUUGGAUGCUCUGGGCUGCCUAUUUCAUCACAUUCUUCUGUUUGUAUUUAAUCGUCAUCUUUUUUAUGUGCAUGACUUUCUUCGCCAAGAUUGAACCUGUUCCAAUUCUCCAACACAGUGACCCAUCUCUCAUCUUCAUCUUUUUGCUGUGUUUUGCCAUUGCGUCAAUACUCUUCACCUUUAUGGUUAGCACAUUCUUCAAUAAAGCUUUUUAUGCUGUGUCUUUUGGAGGAUUCCUGUAUUUUGCCACCUACUUUCCAUAUACCAUCAUCUCUCAAAGCUAUGCAAAGAUGACACUCAUCCAGAAGCUGGCUUCUUGUCUCAGCUCAAAUAUUGCAAUGGCACUGGGAACUCAACUCCUAAUAAAGGCAGAAGCGGAUAAUAUUGGAAUAAAAUGGAGUAACAUUUUGUCAUCAACACAAAUGGAUAACUUUGUCUUUGCGUAUGUACUGGGAAUGCUUUUAUUUGAUGCUUUUCUGUAUGGCCUUGUGACCUGCUAUAUAGAAGCUGUCUUUCCGGGAGAGUAUGGUGUGCCCAAGCCAUGGAACUUUUUCUUGCUGCACUCUUAUUGGUCUGGGGAACCAACUGAGAGGAGUAACGAAAGAAUCGAAUUUUAUGAAUCACUUCAAAGCCAGUAUUUUGAGGCUGAGCCUGCUGACCUGGUGGCAGGUGUCCAGAUCAAACAUUUAUGCAAGGCAUUCCAAGUGCAGAACACUAUCAAAGUAGCUGUAAAAAACUUGUCUUUGAAUUUAUUUGAGGGGCAGAUAACUGUUCUUUUAGGACAGAAUGGGGCAGGAAAGUCUACUACUCUGUCCAUUCUCUCAGGUCUCUAUCCUCCUACCAGUGGGGAGGCCUAUAUUAAUGGAUAUGCCAUCUCAAAGGACAUGGUCCAUAUUAGAAAAAGCUUGGGCUUGUGUCCCCAGCAGGACCUGUUGUUUAAUUACUUGACAGUAUCAGAACACCUUUAUUUCUAUUGUGUGAUAAAAGGAAUACCUCGAAAGAAACGUCGUACGGAAAUUGACCAUAUGCUGUCUGCUUUUAACCUGCUAGAAAAGCGUGAUGCAUUUUCACAGUCACUGAGUGGAGGAAUGAAGCGCAAACUCUCCAUCAUUAUAGCACUUAUAGGGGGCUCCAAGGUGGUGAUACUUGAUGAGCCGACAUCUGGCAUGGACACAGUUUCAAGGAGAGCCACCUGGAAUCUUCUUCAGCAGUAUAAACAGGAUCGUGUCAUCUUACUGACCACCCACUACAUGGAUGAAGCUGACAUCCUGGGUGACCGCAUUGCCAUCAUGGUCAGGGGGACCGUGCAGUGCUGUGGCUCUUCAGUCUUCCUGAAACAAAUAUUUGGUGUGGGAUACCACAUAGUCAUGGUGAAGGAACCUCACUGUCAAGUUGAGGAAAUCUCCCAAUUGAUUCAUCAUCAUAUACCAACAGCCACUUUGGAGAGCAAUGUUGGAAGUGAAUUAUCAUUUAGUCUACCCAAACAGUACACACACAGGUUUAAAGUUCUGUUUACUGAUCUGGAAGAGAGACAGAAAGAGCUGGGCAUUGCUAGCUUUGGUGCCUCUGUCACUACUAUGGAAGAAGUCUUUCUUAGAGUUAGUAAUGCGGCAGAUACAAAAGAUAUCCAAGCUAUCCAGACUCCCUUCCAGAUGAUGAACAAAGUCAUAAACAAGAACCAGAAUGCGAAUUCAUCCACAUAUUCUGAGUCAAUAUCUUGUUCCAUGUGUACUGAAGCCUCUACUGUUAUGUAUAAUACCGAGGUAAGCACCUUCAUUGAUAAACCUGAUGUAUAUUUGGUUGGGGCACAAGAGUGGUCCCUCUACCAACAGCAGUUCCGAGCCAUGUUUGUAAAGAAGGCAGUGUUCAGCUGGCGCAACCGGAAGCUAGUAUUGCUACAGAUACUGGGACUUCUGGGUGUCCUUACUUUUCUCUUAAAAGCUCAAGACUUUUCAAAUAAGAAUGAUGAGAUUGUCAGACAAAUGAAUUUGCGUCAGUAUGGUCAAACUAUUGUGCCUUUAUCUAUUUCUGGGAAUUCUAAUUUGACUGUGAAUCUCUUAAAACACCUUGAGACUGUGCUAAAGUCUGAAGAACAAAUACUUCAGAAGGUGCAAGGUGACCUACUGAAUUACUUGAUAAAAAGUAAAGACUGUAUUCGCUUAUGCAUUGUUGCACUUUCCAUUGAGGUGAAGACAGAUGAAACAGUAUUGACUGCUCUUUUCAACAACGAAGCAUACCAUUCACCAUCUGCAUCUCUGGCGCUGUUAGACAACAUUCUCUUCAUGUCACUGUCUGGCCCUCAUGCUUCCUUAACAGUUUUCAAUAAACCUCAGCCAUACCCUGAUGACUUCAUUGGCAAGAGUACAAAUGGAGACCUUGUGGCCUUUUAUGUGCAUUUUGGAAUGGCCCUUUUAAUUAGUGGUUUUUGUCUCCUGACAGUGACUGAGAGAGUCACUAAGGCGAAGCACAUCCAGUUUGUGAGUGGAAUUUAUGUCCUUAUAUACUGGUUUUCUGCUCUAUUGUGGGAUUUCAUCAUCUUCUUCAUUUCCUGUUGCUUACUACUGGUGAUAUUCAAAUACUGCAGAGUGAAUAUACUUGUCAUGGAUUACCACUUCCUGGACACAAUGAUGAUCCUCAUGCUGUAUGGCUUCUCUGCCAUCCCCCUCGUGUACCUGAUGAGUUUUCUGUUUUCUAAAAGUACCACUGCCUACAUCAAGCUUGUCCUAUUCAACUACUUUUCAGGCAUUUUCAGUCACUACAUAGACUUCACAGUACGCCUUUGACCUGACAUUAUUGACAGCACCAAAAACUUCAUACUUAAUGCAUUAUUGCUGUUUCCCAAUUACAACCUUGCGAAGUGCCUCAGUGAAUAUUUUACUUUCUACCAGAAGAACCUACCCUGUGACACCUCAAAACACCCUUCUUCCAACUUCAGUUGUAAUAAAGAAAUUCUUUCCAUUCCUAAUAAUGUUUAUUCUUUGGGAGAGAAUAUGAUUGGAAAGUAUUUGAUUGCAAUGGGUACUUCAGGCUUUGUUUUUCUCCUAUUGAUUUUUUUUUGGGAUGCUGGUUGGUGGAAAGUAAAAACAUUUCUCAAUCAAUACAUAUACUUUGGUAUCUACAAGAAAUUCAAUAAGGAUAUAGUUUCCAAGGAAUUAUCUGGGAAAUCUGAAGAUGAAGAUGUAGAAAAUGAAAGGAACAGAAUCCUGGAGCACCCUCAUGAGUUCUUGAAUACCAUAGUACUUAUUAAGGAACUCACCAAGAUAUAUUUUAAAUGUCCAGCCAUUCUGGCUGUGAAAAAUAUCUCCCUUAGAAUCCAAAAAGGGGAGUGCUUUGGAUUGCUUGGAUUCAAUGGAGCAGGAAAAACCAGUACCUUCCAAAUGCUGACUGGAGAAAAGACUGCUACUUCUGGGGAUAUGUUCAUUGAAGGCUUUAGCAUCACCAAGGAUAUCCUAAAGGUGAGGUCAAGAAUUGGCUAUUGUCCUCAGACUGAUGCCUUGCUGGAGUACAUGACUGGUCGGGAAAUAAUGAUCAUGUAUGCCAGGAUAUGGGGAGUCGCUGAGCCCCAGAUUCACCUGUAUGUGAACAACUGGUUGAACUUACUACAUCUGGAGCCCCAUGCUGACAAGCUUAUCUACACAUACAGUGGAGGAAACAAACGUAGACUGAGUACUGCUAUUGCCUUAAUGGGACAGUCCUCGGUCGUCUUCCUGGAUGAACCAUCAACUGGCAUGGACCCAGUAGUUCGGCGCCAGCUCUGGAAUCUAAUAACACAGAUAUGUGAAUCUGGCAAAGCCAUCAUCGUAACCUCCCACAGUAUGGAGGAAUGUGAAGUCCUUUGUACCAGGCUGGCCAUUAUGGUGAAGGGGAAAUUGAUGUGCUUGGGCAGCCCUCAGCACCUCAAGAACAAGUUUGGCCAUUUGUACAUCCUGAAGGUCAAGGUCAAGCCUGAUACACAUAAGGAUAAAUUAGACGAUUUAAAAAAUUUUAUCUCAACGACCUUCCCAGGAAGUGUCAUUAAGCAGGAGAGUCAAAGGAUUGUUAACUACUACAUCCCCAGGAAGGACAACAGCUGGGCAAAGGUGUUUGGAAUUUUGGAGGAAGCAAAAGAGCAAUUUGAUUUAGAAGACUAUUCCAUCAGUCAGGUAACGCUGGAACAAGUCUUCCUGACCUUUGCUCACUCAAAAAAAGAUAAUUAUGAAAAAGAGAGACCAUGA